AUGUCCGUUACCCACAGUCUGCCGAAAGCGAUAACAGAAGAUGCAUUUGCCUCCAUAUUCGUCCCGCGCACACGUGGACAGAAGGCAUCCGAUAUCAUCUCUACCCUGUCCAGAACGGUCGAAGAACUGGAGCAGCCCAUGUCCAAGCUCGGACUUGGCGGUCAGCACGAGAUGGAGGGCGACAGCAUGCACAAGAUCGACUUCAAGCACCCGGACGGCACCGAGUCCAGCGUCUACGUGCAGCUGAACGCCAUGUCCGGCCAGUUCCUCCCGUUCCGCCCACCACCGCUGCCCGAGGUAGAGGGCACGAACGCAGAGGCCGCGGCUGAAACCGGCGUCGAGGACGUCGUAGACGAGGCCGCUCCCCACCACCGUGUAUACAAGGCCGUCUUCACCAUCGAGGAGACGACCGACACCGACGGUCAGAUCAAGGUCAUGGCCCACAGCCCGCAGCUGAUCGAGGAGCAGGCCGAGCCCCGCAGCUUCCUGGAGCGGAUGGCGCAGCGCCAGCUCCGGUUUGAGGAGGGCAGGGAGAGCAGGCAUCAGGACACGAUGCUGGCGCUCAGCGUGCUGAGGCGGCGGAAGCUGAGGAUGAAGAAGAAGAAGUACAAGAAGCUGCUCAAGAGGACGCGCAACGAGCGUCGGAAGCUCGACAGGAACUAG